AGAGACAGAGGCUCCAGCCCUCUGGGACAGUUUUGGGGCUGGACAGAGUGGCUUUUUAUGUAGAACAUCACCGGACACCACCACCACCACCAGGAGGGCUGCUGUCAGUUGUUUUCUGUGUGUGUGUCUGUAGUGAAACCAGACCUACCUCUGAUCCCAGUGCCACACACACUCCUCCAUCUGCUGCCCAGGAUCCUGCCUUCUGCUUCCUCUGGACUGAGCCGCCUCCUCCGAGAGAGUGUGUUUAGACUCAUGGAGAACUGAUUCUCGGGAGGUCAGGAGUGUCGAGCUCUGAUGUGGAACUUGUGGGAUUAAACUUUCCAGAGGCUCGGUGGACUGGAGCCAUGAGGCGGGCGGUGCUGGGUCAAUGACCAGAGGAUCCCAGAGGGAGAAUUGCAAGCUUCACUAGAACCUCCACGUUUGCGCGAUUGUAUCUCCUGUACUCGUAAGACCGCGUCGUGGUUUACCUGAGUGCGUGAGCAGCCCAUGUGGGCGCCGAGGGAUGCGGAUCUGAGCAAACGCCGUGCCCCGAUGCCCGCUGCCAUGCUCCCGUGUCCUGCGCCGACCGGGUCCGACUGGAGCUUCCAGAACCCGGUGGGUGUGGACUGCAGCUCCCCGGAACCUCGCUGCAUCUGGGUGGCAGUCCUGCGCGGCAGCCCCGGCCCUGUGCCACUGCCGGCCCCACCUCCCACCGUGCUGCCCACUGGGCAGAGCAAGAGCGCUCUUCAGCCCAUGGCGAGGGGCCGGAGGGAUGGUGUCUCCUCAGGUGGUGACAACCCUCGGCCGCCGAUGGCGACCCGGCCGGGAAGGGAGGGGGUCAGCUUGGGCUGGAAAGGUCCCCGGACGCUGGUUCUCCAUAAGAACUCCCAGGGUUUCGGUUUCACGCUACGCCACUUCAUCGUUUACCCUCCAGAGUCUGCCCUGCACACCAACCUCAAGGAUGAGGAGAACGGUAAUGGAAAGGGGUACCAGAAAGGUCGACUGGAGCCGAUGGACACCAUAUUUGUGAAGAACGUGAGGGAAAAGGGUCCGGCCCACCAGGCGGGCCUGUGCACAGGGGAUCGUCUGGUGAAAGUGAACGGUGAGAGUGUUUUAGGGAAGACGUACUCGCAGGUGAUUGCCCUCAUUCAGAACAGUGAGAGUGUGCUGGAGCUGUCCAUAAUGCCCAAAGAUGAAGACGUGCUUCAGUUGGUAAGUGCGUACUCCCACGAUGCCUACCUGACAGGCAACGAACCCUUCUCAGGGGGAGCUGAGAACCUCCCACCACCACCUCCCCUCUGCUACCCACGCACCAAGUCUACGCCCCCGUCUGGAGGCCCUCUAUCUGCAGGCAUGGGCCAGAACCAGCUGGAUAACUGGAGUCGCUGGCCAGGCUCUUCCAGCCCCUCUUCACCCCUGGACAACCACUCCGCUGUGGGCAGCCCCGCCAGCUGGCAGGAGGGGCGUGCAGGAGAGCCAGGAGGUGUAGGUCACAGCAGUCCAGCCCACCGCACAGAGGAGAUCCAGUAUGGUAUGACCAGCAAGCAACCUCAGGGCCAGACCAGGGGACGCUCCUACUCUUCCUCCUCGUCGUCAGGCGGCCCCUUGUCCAGCCCGCUUCAAGUCCACUAUCCCAACCACCACGCUGUCAGUCCCCCUCAGGCUCCCCCACGAAAGUCCAGCUCAGCCUGGACCAGUCCUCCCCCGCCCCAGCUCAGCCACAGCCGCGACAACCGCUGCCAGCAGGCCCUCUCAGACUGGUACUACAGCCAGCAGCCUGAACACUCAGGACGCUGCAUGCAGACACGACACCGCAGCUACUCUCAGGACCGACUCAGUGACAGGAGGCAGCAGCAGCAGCAGCAGCGGACGGGUGGCUGGCCUCACAGCGCCUCCCAGGAUACUCUGCUGUUAUUGCAGCAGUCAGGACCAGGACCACAUGGAGAGCCCUGCUGGUCAUAUGGAGACUGGGAUGUGGGCCCAGGGCGGGGACACUCGUCGUCUAAUUAUACCCGAACUCGUUCUGAAAACCUUCUGGCCCAGUACGAUCGCCAUGGCCGCUCGUUAGAGAUGCUGGACCGAGCAGCCGCUGAACUGGUCCCGUCUCGGUUUGAGCGGCCUUCGUGGCAACAGCCUCCACAGCCACCCCCCAGGACUGAUGCCUACCCAAGACCGGGGGGCCAUCACAGUGUAACACAAGCUUCAGUGACGCCCCGGCACACACCGUCGCAUUCUAAACACCUGCCACAGUCCCACACUCCGACCCACUCACAGCCCCAGGCCCAGCAGGCUGCCCCCCAGACCAGACGGCUUCCCUCUGGGCAGAGCAUGGACGACCAGCCUGUGGGCUACCGCAGCUACAGCCCCUCUUUUUACCGCAAGACGGGACGCAUCUUGCAGCAAGCACACUCUUUCAGGGACCCUUCAUACUCUGGCCCUCACUUGAACUGGAACCCAACUCCUAAAACCAGCCCUCCAGAGGGCACAACGCCAGCCAUCACCGCGUCUACGUCAUCUCCACUUGCCUCAGCGACUCCCGAAUCCCAGGACAGAGUGUACAGGCCCACAAACCACGAGAGGGAACGGGAGUCGGUGGAGGUGCAGGCAGAGGUCACGCAGGAAGUGGUGCUGAGGCAGAAACCUCCCACCGGGCGAAGGAACGCUCACGGGAUGCGUCACCCUCACUAUGUGCUGCCCAUGGAUGGGCUAGAACCCUCUUUGUUUUCCUCUGAUCCCCAGGACUCAGCCUCCGCUCCUGGUUCCACAGGAGAUGUAGCCCCGCGCAAACCAAACGGUAACCUCGCCCCGCUCCAAAUAGAGGAUGACUCUCUGGCCUCCAUCCCCUUCAUUGAUGAGCCCACCAGCCCCGGCGCUGAUUUGCGCGCCCGCCAUGUGCCGGCGUCCUCUGUGGUGUCCAGCGGCAUGAGUUCAGCGCCCGCCGUUGUCACAAGCCCCGCCUCCCCCACCUUCACCUUUCCCCUCACUAGGCUCUUCUCACACGACUGCAGCAGUAUUAAAUCGAGUCGCCGUUCCUCCUAUGUUCUAGCCAUCACCACCGAGCGUUCCAAGUCGUGCGACGAAGGACUCAACACGUUCAGGGAGGAAGGACGCGUCUUCUCGAGGUUACCAAAGAGAGUGAAGAGCUUCUUCACAGACGGGUCACUGGAAAACCUUGGGACGGCAGAGGAGGUUCGAUCCAAACGCCAUUCCACCUCCGAGCUGGGAACCAUCGUUUACAGCGACGUACGCAGAGAGGGAUGGCUGCACUUCAAACAGAUCCUCACAGAGAAGGGCAAAAAGGUGGGCAGCGGCAUGCGUCCUUGGAAGCGAGUCUUUUCGGUGCUUCGCUCCCAUUCGCUGUUCCUCUACAAGGACAAGAGGGAGGCGGUGCUUCGCGGGGCCACCGUCGGUGGCUCGGCAGAGGACGAGCAGCCAAUCAGCAUCCGCGGCUGCCUUGUGGACAUCGCCUAUAGCGAGACCAAACGGAAGCACGCCCUGCGACUCACCACCCAGGACUUCUGUGAGUACCUGCUGCAGGCGGAGGACCGGGAGGACAUGCUGGACUGGAUAGAGGUCAUCAGGGAGAACAGCAAGACAGACAGCGAGGAACUUGGCUUCUCCAGACAGGCCCUCAUCAAUAAGAAACUGAAUGAUUACAGGAAACAAAGUCCAACAGGAAGCAAGCCCGACUCCUCUCCCAGGCUGUCCCGCAUGAAGCCUCCCUUCCUGCACGCCAACGCCGCUGCAGCGCCACGCUCCCCUAAACCAGAGGGCAAAGAGGAGAGCAGCCCGCCCAAGUCUCCGUGGGGAAUCAACAUCAUGAAGAAGUCAAAGAAGGCCGGGCCCAAAGCUUUUGGUGUGAGGCUGGAGGAUUGUCAGCCUGGUGUAAAGAACAAGUUCAUCCCGUUGAUCGUGGAGAUCUGCUGUGGUCUGGUGGAGGAGAUGGGUCUGGAAUACACCGGGAUCUACAGGGUUCCCGGGAAUAACGCCAUGGUGUCGAUGCUUCAGGAGCAGCUGAACAAGGGAGUGGACAUCAACCCUGCGGAGGAGAAGUGGCAGGACCUCAACGUCGUCAGCAGUUUACUGAAAUCCUUCUUCAGGAAACUUCCUGAGCCGCUUUUUACCAACGACAAGUACAACGACUUCAUUGAUGCCAAUCGGAUGGAAAGUGCGUCGGAGCGGUUAAAGACCAUGAAUAAAUUGAUCCGAGACCUGCCUGAUCAUUAUUACCACACACUGAAGUUCCUGGUUGGUCACCUGAAGACUGUAGCAGACAGCUCGGAUAAAAACAAGAUGGAGCCUCGUAACCUGGCGUUGGUGUUUGGUCCAACUCUGGUCCGGACGUCAGAGGACAACAUGAAAGACAUGGUCACACACAUGCCUGACCGCUACAAGAUAGUAGAGACACUCAUCCAACAUUACAUCUGGUUUUUCACUGAUGAGCUAGACAAGGAUGAAAAGACACCGGUGGACACAGAAGAUGUACAGCCUGCCCCCAACAUCGACCACCUGCUGUCCAACAUCGGCAGGACCGCUCUGCUCGGGGAGGCCUCAGACUCAACCAACAGUGACUCAGCCAAAUCAAAGGGGUCAUGGGGGUCAAAGAAGGACCUCACAGCGAAGGACUUCCUAGCUCUGUCCAUCAUGUCCGCCGUGACGGGACGCAAGCGCAGAAAGCGCCAUAACGGCCGCCGCGUGGGCAGCAGCACCGACGACGACUCUGAGCACGAGCCGAUCAAAGUCGGGCAUCUAGGGGCCGAGGAGGAAGAGGAGGAGGAGGAGUCGCCCGUGGGGGACACUGCUCCUCGUGCGGAGGGAGAGGAGGAUGACGACGAAGAGGAAGAGGAAGAAGAAGAAGAAGACGAGGAAGUGGUAGAAAGUGGCGAGAAAGAGGAGGAAGAACAGGAGGUGGCUACAGUUAUUCCCAGUGGGCCGUGCUCUAAAGAGGAAGAGGAGGUGGGAGAGAGACAGACAGCGAUCAUGCUGCAGGAGGAAGAGGCACGGGUGGCAGUAAAGGGGCCACCGUGGCGGGCACCAGAGGAUGCACGCUCUAUUGUCUCUGGUUACUCCACCCUCUCCACGUUAGGGCGCAGCCUGGGCUCAGAGGGGAGGGGGGACGACGCGGACGACGAACACAGCGAGCUGGUGAGCGAGACGGACAAUGAGAGCGGCUUUGCUUCGCGCUCCGUCACUCAGGAGAGACCCAGUAAAAACCCGACCACACCCACGAGCACACAGCCACCGGCGGCGGUGGCGGCUCAACGCAGCUUCCUCUACACACACUACAAACCCCCGGUCCUCUCACCCACAAACCUGCUCGCCCCGCCCACGCCCCUCACACACACUCCAGACUCUGCGGAGAGGAAUGAAGGAGGAGCGCGCUCCACCACGCCCUCGUCCUCCUCCUUCUCCUCCUCCUCCACCACUCACAGACUGCACUCGCGGCCUUCCUUUAACUCCCACAAACUGAUCCAGUGUGACACUCUGGCGAGGAAGAAGCUUAAGUCAGAAAAGGCCAAGGCUCGCUCUCUGGACCUGCUGGAGCUGUCUGAGACCACAGCGCACCGUGACGGGCCGUGCUCCGGCUCAGAAGACACACCCAGAGUGAGGCGAGACACUUCCAGAACCAACCCUUCCUCAGGCAGCAGUCAGGAGAGCCUCCGCCUGGCUCGGCUCAAUCCUUCCUUGCCACCCAGCGAGGCCUCUUCCUUCACUCCGACCGGUCCAGGAGGCAGAUCUCUGGCCGAGCAGGUCCGCGCUCGUCUACUCGGCUCGGCCGACGACCUGCGCAGCGUGGGGCUGCGGAAACCUCUGUCGCCUGAGACGCGAAGGAAGAGGCGGGCCUGGCGCAGACACACCGUGGUGGCCUCCCCGACCGAGACGUCCGACAAGAAAGCCCCAAUGAUUGUCAGAGAUUUCCCCUUGUCUCCUAUCAGUCAGAACCAGGUGAAAACACAAGGGCUGCCCCGGGACGCGGACGCUCUCGAACAUGGACCGGCCGCGCGCCAGGUACCCACAUCGAGAUUCCACCAGUAUCUGUGAUUCCUGUCAGCUGACCCCAGGCCUCUUGUUCCAGCAGAGCUGCUGACUCCCUGCAGGUCAUUAAACCAGCAGCAGUGUAAACAGAGAGUUGUGGUUAGUUGCCAGGAGCAACUCAGCGUACCAGUGAGCAGCCCACCUUUCUCUUUUUGAUAAGCUCCGUUUGCAUGGCGAGGGGCAUUCCAUUGUUGCCAAAGCUUUUCUUUUUCCGUUUUUCUUUCCUAUACGUGUGCUUUUAUAGAAAUAAUACAAGACAGAGACACAAACAGACCUCAUCACACUCAAUGUUACAGCCAAGAAAUGAUCUACUGAGUAAUAACUGAGCAUCCUUCCUGUUGUCGUCUCUCUCUCUCUUUCUCUCUCUCCCUCUCUCCCCCUCUCCAGUCUGGCUCAGCAACGACAUCAAUAAAUCACAGGGUUAAAUCCCUUCAAGUGAGCAGAGAAGGGUUUUCUGAAAUUCAGCCUUCCUCUGGAUCUUGAGAGAAUGGUGCUUUUUUUUAAAAAGUGGAAUUCCAAACGUUCCUCCAAACAAACACGAGUGAGCCAAAUGAGUCAGACUGUUACAAUUUGAAAAAGAAAAAAUAAUAAUAAUUGUAAAAUUAAAACUAUUUCAAGAGGGAGAUUCCUCGUUCAAUUUUUAUAUCAGUCUUCCUAAUGUUAUUGCUCCUCAGACCACAGACACUGUCAAUCUCUGAACAAUAGAUUACGUUAGAUAACAAAGACAAAACACACUCGUCUCUCUCUACUUGUUAAUAAUGUUUUAUGUGUUUUUAGCGCAAACAAUAUUCGUGACCAUGUCUGAGCGUGCAGGUGUUUGUGUUGAACAAUUUUGUAACAUUUGUACAAAGCCUUGUUAAGUUAACCCUGUAAAUAUUAAUAUUAUGUUAUCAAAUUUUGUUUUCACUUUUUUUUUUAAUUCUUUUUUAUGGUUUACAAAAAAGUGCGUACGUGUGCACAGUCAUUUCUUUCAAGAUGUUACUUGAAAUUUUUCCUUUUAAUAUAUUUUUUGUUUUGUUUUGUUUUAUAUGCUCUCUAUAUAUUAUAUAUAUAUUUUAUAUUAAAGUAAAAAAAAGGUAUGUUUAUUGUGAUUUCACCAUUUGGGUGUACCUGUUCAAAGGAGACGAGUUAAAACACGACUAAGCCUGUUUCAUAUUUCCUCGUAGAUGGCCUUUUCUCUUCGAUUCUCACCACUGUGCAGGAGACUCUUAUCUCGCGAGAUAAAGUCUUCUAAAUUUCCAUUAUCUGGUGACUAUAUAUUCAGCAGUGUUGCAUCAACAUGUAGCAAGAUAGAAAGAAACGUGAUCGGGUGUUUGUUCCAUGCUAUUGGACGGUUUGAGCCGGCAGCUCAGAGCCACACUGGGGUCGCUGACCUCGUGAUUUGUUUGUUGCUCACGUCUUGAGUGCUGCCUUCACACGUCUGCUCACACACUCACUGAGACAAAGUACAUCACUUUUUGUUAGAAUAGACGGAGACGAAGCCUGGCGGUGUUUAAUAGACUGUUAAAAUAUGGCCUUGUGCAUACAAACGGCUGCAUUUUCCCCACAGCCCCUGCAAUGGCUCAUCUGUCUGAACACUUAUUACCUUAAGGUUACACUGCGGCCCCAGUAAAUCAGUAAAUGUUACCCGACUGUGGAAAUGUUUCAUUUGAGGAGAUGAAACACAGAACAUCUGCUUGCAAAUGUCAGUUAGCCAUCAGAAAAUAACACAACCAGGAAGUGCAGCUUCCAAAACCACGACCAGGAGACAAAGUCAAGUGAAAAAAUAAUAAUAACGAUAAUAAUGAAUGAUGAGUUACGCUCUUGUCUUACCUCAAGAUUUUUUCUACAAGUGCCUGAUUUCUGGAAAGUCUUUUCGUUCAGCAGUGCCACGCUCGCGUCUUAUCUUUCCGUUUUCCUUUUGUCCGUUUCUGGGUCUCCUUUCUCCUCUCCUGUGGUCGAUGGUAGAACUAAGGCACUGUCCCAAAGAUGUGUACAUCAAAUACAAGUGGUCUGAGAGUAAAAUAAAAAAAUAAAAAAAGCACACUUCAAGCCAAGGACAUGCACUCCUGUCUAUGCACUCUCUUUGUCUUUAACACAGGCAUUAACAGCUAUUACUGAUGCUGCUCGGUGAGAAUAUGCAUAGUAUCCUCUCAGCUGCUUCUUCUCAACAAACUGAGACUGUGUCGCUUUGCCUAUUGAUCCACGGUGUGUGAAUAUGGUACACGUAACAAGCCCCGACCCUAAGUCUGCAUCGGGUCACGCCAGACAACAUCCCAAUUUCCGAAAAAGGUGAACCAACAGCCCACCUCGUCAGCGGCUGUGGCGUGUGUUGUCUGAAAUGUGAUAAACCUAAAAAUGUCUUCUUCUUGUAUUUUAAAGAAAAUAUCCUUCUUUUGUACAUACAACCUUAAUAUGUAACAUAUUGUAUUGUGUACAUUUGGAAUUGCUUUUUGAGUAUAAACUAAUAUGAAAAUUGACUGGACUUAAAGGUUGUCCACCUGAAAAACCAUUUCCCCUCAUGGCUGUGCUUUAAAGCAAGGUUAUAUGAUGUACAGUAAAUAAACAGAACUAUGUUUAAAAGAAAUUCUUCA